GUAUCUUCCCAUAUUCGGAUGCCCGAACAACCACUUUCCAAAUGUGGGCAACCCAAAUCUCAUCGUCGUUGAUAAAACCACUCAUCCAUUUUCGCUCUCCUUCUUCACCCCUUCAUGCGGUUUUACUAACACCACCCCGAAAACUUCUGUACUUCCACUUUCGCCGGAGGGCCAUCUCUUCAGUGACCGCCAUGAACGGAACCAAAACCACCGCGGGUGAUUCCUCGCCGGACCACGUUGCCGGAACCUGGUACUCCGUGCCGGAGCUCCGACUUCGCGACCACUACUUCAGUCUCCCUCUUGACUACACUCUCGAUCACCAAACUUGCCCUAAGAUCUCCAUUUUCGCUCGCGAAGUGGUCUCAGUUGGGAAGGAAGAACAACCACUACCGUAUCUGCUAUACUUGCAAGGUGGACCAGGUUUUGAGUGCCCAAGACCAACGGAAGCUAGUGGAUGGAUCAAUAAAGCAUGCGAAGGCUAUCGUGUUAUAUUGAUGGAUCAGCGAGGAACUGGCUUAUCCACUGCUUUGACACCAUCAUCGAUGUUGCAAAUGAAGUCUGCAGAGGAUUUGGCUGACUACUUGAAACACUUUCGAGCUGAUAAUAUAGUAAAUGAUGCUGAGUUUAUUCGCAAACGUCUUGUUCCUGAUGCUGGACCUUGGACAGUUUUGGGGCAGAGUUAUGGUGGUUUUUGUGCUGUUACCUAUUUGAGUUUUGCACCUCAAGGACUGAAACAAGUCUUUCUAACUGGUGGAAUCCCCCCAAUUGGAAAAGGAUGCACUGCAGAUGCUGUAUACAGAGCAUGCUUUGAACAGGUUGUUCAUCAAAAUGACAAGUAUUACAAGAGGUUUCCCGAGGAUAUUGAAAUUGUUCAUGAAGUUGUGAACCACUUGGCAGAGUCUGAAGGAGGCGGGGUGCUUCUUCCAUCUGGUGGCAUCCUAACCCCAAGGGGAUUACAGAUUCUGGGUCUUUCUGGUUUAGGAUCUAGUACAGGUUUUGAGCGCUUGCAUUAUAUAUUUGAGAGGGCCUGGGAUCCUGUAAUAGUUCCAGGAGCAAAAAAGCAAAUCAGCUACUACUUCUUGAAUGCUUUCGAAAAGUGGUUGGCUUUUGAUACAAAUCCACUCUAUGCUCUUUUGCAUGAGUCCGUAUACUGUCAGGGAGCUUCAUCACGGUGGUCUGCUCACAGAAUAAGGAGUGAAGAUGACAACAAAUUUGAUGCUAUUAAGGCAGCAAAAGAAGGUCGCCCUGUACUCUUCACAGGAGAGAUGAUAUUCCCAUGGAUGUUUGAUGAAAUCAAAGCCCUGAGGAGUUUCAAAGAGGCUGCUAAUUUAUUGGCAGAGAAAACGGAUUGGCCUCCGCUCUAUGACAUUGCCUCAUUGAAUAAUAACAAGGUACCCGUUGCUGCUGCUGUUUAUUAUGAAGACAUGUAUGUUAACUUCAAACUAGCCACAGAAACAGCUUCACAGAUAGCAGGGAUUAGGUUGUGGAUAACCAAUGAAUAUAUGCAUUCUGGCCUGCGAGAUGGAGGAGGUCGGGUUUUGGAUCAUCUGAUGGGAAUGUUGAAUGGAAAGAAGCCGUUGUUUUGACACGGAUUGAAAUUUUUACAAAUUCAAUUUUUCUUAAUGUGGAAAACUUUUGAUAUCACGGAGUCCACAAAUGUGUCUUGCCUGUGGAGUCCACAAGCAAAGCAUAUUGUUGCUAUGGUCUACCUUAUGGGAUGAGGUGAUUAUUCUCUUUUCAAGUUCAAAAUAAGCAGUGGAAACUAUUGAUGUAAAGUUCAGCUUGCCUUUAGCUAGUUGAUUUUAUACGAAAUUCUGAUUGUAGUAAAAUCUUCUGAUUACGGUGUGGAAUAGUUUAGUUUGUCUUUGACAGUCUUUUUCUA